CUAUUUCUUUCUCUUUCUCUCUUAACGCGUGCGUGUGUGAAGUGAGGAGAAGGUGGUGGUGUUGAUGUAGGCAGGUCGUCCUUGAGUCCCCUUAAGAGAGAGAGAGAGGAGCAGGCAGCCUCCUAAUACUCUAUUUUUCUCGCUCCCUUUCUAACUUGUAUCAUUUUUCACUUAUUUUCCUCACCAGUUUAUCCUCCAAUUCCUUUCCCAUCUCUCCCUCCUCCCCCGCGCGCGCUGUCUCUCUCUCUCUCUACGACUCUACCUAUUAUUCUAAUUUUUUUUGUCUAUUUUCUUUUUCUUCGUAGCAGAGUGUGUGCAGAGAGAAUUUGCAGUCACUCGAAGCAGGAGAAAGAAAAGAGAGCCGCGAUCUUUUCUCAGAUCCUCUCACUCUAUUCUUUCUCUCUCUAAAGCACAAAAAACCCCCACCUAAAGGCACUAGCGGUGGCUGCCUCAAGGAGAUCGGCACUCGACGGUGGUGGCUCCGAUUGGCUCCCCGCUCCCGCGGACUCGAGAAUCGCCGGAGACCUCUGCCUCGGUUUCAAUGGAGGACUCGGAGGAGGAUGGCCUACUCCCUCCACCGCCACCACGACCGCCCCCGCCGCUGCUGCCGUUGUUGGUGGUGGCGCCAGCAGCGGUAGCUCUAGGACCCUCCACCACCACCACCAUCAGCAAAUCGUCAACUACAAUAGCAUACCCCUCCCGCUCUCCCUCCCUCUCCCCCCUGAGAUAAGCAUGGUCGGUCUCCGGGACGUCUUCCUUUUCCACUCAUCCUCCGACCCUCAGGCGUCCUCCCUCUUCCCCGUCCUCGCCCCCUCCCUACCCCAGCCGUCUCCUUCUCUUGCUCCUCCUCCGCCCCCACCACCUGCUCCUCCCCAGCAGCAACCACCAAGCUUGUUGCACUCGCUGCCUCAGCACCAACUUGCUCAUGUCAUGGCCAAUGAUAGCAACAACGACGACGAGGAGAGGCGGAGGAUGUCGGAAUUUCAGCUGUGGCACCACCAUCACCAGCGCGCGGUGGCGGGGAUCCCGACGAUGGAAGCGGCGCUUGGUACCGGAAGCAGCGGUGGCACCACCUGCCAGGACUGCGGCAACCAGGCCAAGAAGGACUGCAGCCACCGGCGGUGCCGUACAUGCUGCAAGAGCCGGGGGUUCGAGUGCCCCACCCACGUGAAGAGCACGUGGGUGCCGGCGGCGAGGCGCCGGGAGCGGCAGCAGUUCGUCCACUCCUCCGCCACCGCCACCACCAACACCGGGAAGAAGCCCCGGCUCUCCUCCUCUCAAGCCGCCGCGUCGCUUACCUCCAACUCCGCCACCACCCCCUCUCGCAGCUUCGACACUGGCUCCAGUCACCAAGAAAUGGAUAUGGGAGGAAGCGGAUUGCCGGGGCAUGUCACCGCUCCGGCGGUGUUCAAGUGCGUCCGGGUGACCUCAAUCGAGGAUGGAGACGACGAGUACGCUUACCAGGCAGCCGUCAAGAUCGGCGGACGCGUGUUCAAGGGCUUUCUCUAUGAUCAAGGCCUCGACGAUUCGUCGUCCUCGUCGCUGCCCAAUCUCUCAGAGCUUCAUCUUGGUGAUCUUGCCGCUGGUGGUGGUGGUGGUGGUAGCGGUAAGAAUGCCAAUGCAUCAUCUUUGUCCUCAAUUCUUGAUGCUAGCGACGCUUACGCAGUUGCUGCGGCCGCUGCUGCGGCAGCAGCAGCUUCUUCUAGUGGGAUGCUCGGAGGUGCGAAUUACGGCAACCCAAUGAAUUGAAGCUGGAACAGGAACAAGAAGGAUUAGAAUAGGCAAGAUUGGUGUUACACCAUUAGCAUAGUUUGAUAUAGAUAGACUGGUAGAUAGAUGGAUAGAUAGAUGAUCAUCGUCACUUAUAGUCUGUCUAGUGUUCUAGCAUGUAUGCAUCCUUGUCGCCAUUGUUUUUUCCUCGUGUCUGUGUAACUCUCUAACGUCUCAAAUCAUGAAAUCUGGGGUCGAUACAAAAAGAGUUCUCUUUUUUCUCAUUUUUGGAAGAGUGGUGGCUGUUGGUUACUCUUGGUCAGGAGAGAGAGAGAGAGAGAGGGUAUGGGGGCUUGGGUCGUGUGAUGUUUGUCAUUCAUGGAGGGAUCUCUUGAGUCUUGUUUGGAAUUCUCGAACAUAUAAUAAUCAUCGAUUUUAUGACAAGUUUAAGAGAGUUUAUCUCUA